AUGUCUGAAGCAAGGUAGUUUUAUAUUUUAUUUCGUUUUAUUUUGAUUUUUAGAUUGAGGAACGAAGAUUUCCGUAAAUUGCUGGAAACUCCAUCAGUAAGGACGAGCGACAAGACACUUGGUGCAAAUACAAAACCCGCAGCGCUUCCAGCUGCAGGUUUCACACAUAAGCAAGGACAAAAUGCAGAAAAACAGAAGAAAAAGAAGUUCAACAAGUUCAAACCAAAUAAAGAUGCCAAAGAGAAGACGGAAAUAGACGAAUUGGCUGAAGAAAGUGAGCAAAGGCUCAACGAGAUCAUGAAUAAGUACAGAGACAGGGCUGCUGAAAGACGUAAAGGCGAUGGUGGAGGUUUGAAUGUUGAUAUCAGAUCGACAAUCAGUGGCAUUAGGGGAGGUGAUGGUGAUUUAGAUGAACGAGAACGAAAGAAACAAGAAAUUGAUGUCAGUCAUUUAUUUUUACUCUUUUUUGUUGUAAUUUUUAUAUGAUUUUAAUAUGAAAUCUAUGUUUAGGAGUCGAAAUACCUUGGAGGCGAUAUUGAACAUACUCAUUUAGUCAAAGGAUUGGAUUACUCUUUACUGAAGAAAGCACGGAGCGAAAUACUUUUAAAACCAAAAGAAGAAGUGGAAGAUGAGUUUGUGAAAGAAACGUUUCAGGUAAUUUUAUAACCAACACACAGUUUACGUGUUUAGAAUCCGAUAGCCAGGUCUAACUUGAUAAAGAAGCUAGCCAGAACCAAGUUUGCUGAAGAUGUCUGCAAAGUGUUGUUUGAACCGCCGUUGACCAAGAAGAACGAGCUUUUCCAAAAAGGAAGAAUGGCUUAUGUAGUGGAUCUGGAAGAAGAACAACAGAAUGAUGUUCCAGUCACAUUACUGAGGUCUACUGUAGAAGUAGUCAACGACAAGGCAGAACAAAACAUUAACGUCAACAAUAUCAUUAUAAAUGUAUGUUUCAAUUUUUUUGGGUAUAAAGCUAUUGAAUUGAAUGUUGUUGUACAUAAAUAUAUCACCUAAGUAACGUUUUUCAGAAGUUAACAGAUGUGUUGUCAUACCUACGUUCUGAUGGUAAGAAAAGAAAGAAGGAAAAAGAAAAGGAAGUUGAGCGGCCGCAACCAAAGGGUCGAGAAACAGCUAAAGACAUUAAUAUAUACGACGAUAUUGGUGAAUACGUUUUUGACAAAUCAUCUAGAAGUAGACGAGACGAUAGAGAUCGCAGAGAUCGUGAAGAUGAUAGAAGAAGAGAUUCACGAAAGGAUAGACACAGAAGUGAUCGUGAUUACGAUAGGAGAGGUAAUGAUGACAGAAGGGACCGUGAUCGGGAUGACCGGAGGAAUAGGGACACGGAGAAACGGUAGGAUAUUGUUUUACGAUAAGAUUGCCAAUUUAUUCUUUAAUUUAUCUCAACGUUUAUGAAUCUAAAAAUUAGUUUUUUACAGUCAAAGGAGUCCAAAACCUGAUUCGAAGGCUACGACAGAAAGGAAUCCAUUCCCGUCUUUACCAGGCUGGCAGAAUUCUGUAGCCGAGGUGACAGCAGAAGCUCCAAAGCCAAAGAAAAGUCGUCUAGAUGAAGAAGAAGAUGACGCUUAUGGAGAAUUGUUUCCAAAUGCUGGAAAUUACUUUGGCGCGUUGGGAGAAGACAGUGAUGAAGAAGAUCUUUCCAAAAUGGAUACGGUAAGAUUUUUUUUUAUUUUUACAAUUUAUCAUAUUUAAAAUUUAUUUGUAAAAUUAAGGCUGCAAUAGGAGUUUGGUCAGGUCACAAAAUUGUUUUAAAAAAUAAGAAAAUAUGAUUUAAAACCUUAUUUUAGGGUAACAAGAAGGGUCCGGUGAAGCGUUGGGACUUUGAGAGCCAAGAAGACUACGAAAAGUACCAGAGUGGUCGAGAAGCAUUGCCAAAGGCCGUCUUCCAGUACGGAGUCAAGACAAAUGCGAAUCGAAAGACGCGGCGGACGAUGGCGGAGAAGGAGGACAAGCGCGUGGAUCGCGAGCUUGAGAAGAUCGAGAAAAUCUGGGAAGAGCGACGGAAAAACAAGAAUUGA